AUGUCCGAACCUGACAGCGAGAAAUUAGGCACGACAGGGCAAGGAGAUAGCAAGACUGCUGCAGACAUGACUCGUGGUGUCGGCGCUGUCGUCCAAGAUGCAAAGCCCAAAUCCGGUCUGUUUAAGAAAAUACAGAUGAAGGUGAAUCUUGAUGUUCCGACGUUGUUACUGAUGCUCAAGGGAGGAUUGCCUCCAGCCAUUGCGCUCGCAGCUUACCAGAGUGAUCGUUGGGCCAAACAAUACUCGACGUUGGGUUAUCUGAUUGCAAUCACGUCCUUUCUGUCUCUCCCAAUCCUUCCACGGGCAAAAUUUGUCCAAUCGAUGGCAAUUUCCCUCAUUUCGGUCUGCUUGGCUUCCGCUGUGUCCCUGCUAUCAAUACAAUGCGCCGUUGCCGCACGUCAACCACUGGUCCUGACACCGAACUCCACAACCACUGGUUCCUCCGGGAGCAAACAAACUCUGCAAUACAGUGCAGCAGCUAAUGUUACGGCCUGUGUUUGGUUGUUCUUCUGGCUAUAUAUGGCAAAUACCUUGCGAGCAGCUCGGCCCCAGCUCUUCAUCGUAUCCAUCCAGUUUACCAUCUUCGUGGUUGUCGCUUCCACCUACACGCCGACGUUUCCGAAUAUGACGGCCGGCAUGCAGUUCGUGGAUCGUCUACUGAAGGUUUUCCUUACAGGAUAUGCUUUGGCUGCUGCUGUUUCGCUCUUCAUCAUCCCGUUUUCUUCGAGGCUGAUCGUAAAAAAGCAAAUUGCCGGCGUUCUCGAUUUGAUGAAGGCUUCCCUUUCCAUCCACACAGCGUAUCUGCACGGCAUCACUACUUCUCGAACUGGCAGCCCCGGGCUUCUAGACGAAAAUGGCAAACCCUUGCCGCUGGAAGAAAAUCCGGAGGCACGAGUAUCCAUGAAGACUGCUGAAGAAGCAGCUCAGAAGCUAAAGGCAACAAUUCAACAAGCCAGUCAAUUGUUCGGGCAGUUGAGGCUUGAAAUCGGCUUUGCGAAGAAGGAAAUUGGAUGGGGAAAACUGCAACCCCAAGACUUCAGCCGAAUUUGGGAACGGUUGCAAAAUAUCCUCCUUCCUGUUGCAGGGCUGUCAACCUUUGUAGACAUCCUCCAAUCAGUGAAACGUCACAAGGCUGAAGGCGAAAGUUUGAUUUCCGACUUGGACGCCAUCGAGGCUAUCAGACGACUUGAGGCGGAAGAAUGGCAUGAAGUUAUCGUCAUGUCACGCAUUCCAUUUUGGAAGAUGAAGACGACCCUGAUAGACGGUCUUACCCACGUUGCCUAUGUGCUGGAAAUCACUCCUCGACCGAAAUAUCCCAAGAAAGACAUCGAGACAACUGCAGAGACCUCUCCAGCCCCAGGAGAUCCCGCCUUUGCCCAGUACUUGAAGGAUCAGAUGGCUAUUUUCCAAGGUCAUCGACAAGAAACCAUGCGAAAGUGGUGCGAGCAAAAAGGCAUAGAAGUGCCCACGAAAUUUUGGGAAGAUACAUCCUCUCAAUACACUUUUGGGGACACGGCCUCUGUUCAUGAGACUGUUCGACAAAAACAGAACCAUCAACAGCUGUAUCUGAUCCUUUAUCUCGAAUAUCUCCUAUUCGCUGUUUGUCAAGCCGUGUUGGAGUUCGUCCUUUUCGCAGACUCGAAGGUCCAAGACGGCACGAUGAGCAAGAACAGGCUGAUCUUUCCCGGGUGGAGACGGAUUCGCAAGUUGCUACAGAAUGCAUUCAAGCAGAUGGACGCCAGUGAAGGUCUGCAAGACGGACCGGCAUCAGGUAUCUACAUAUGGGUCGGAGACUCCCUUCAGCAACGCAAGGACCCAGAACAUCUACCGCCGACGAAUCUUUACCAGCGGGUUACAAACCAUUUAAGGUCUAUCCCAAAGUUCUUGGCCUCAGAUGCUUCCCAUUUCGGCUUCCGGGCAGCAACCGCGAGUAUCAGCCUCGCAAUAAUCGGCUACAUCCGCCAAACUCACUCUUUUUAUCUGGCUCAGCGUGGAAUCUGGGCCGUCAUCAUGGUUGCUAUUAGCAUGGGUGCGCACGCGGGAGCUGGUGUCCAAGGAUUUAUCCUUCGUAUCCUGGGCACUGCCAUUUCGAUGGUCCUUUCGAUUACGGUGUGGUAUAUGGCCGACCAGAAACCCGCAGCCGUCAUUCCACUGGCCUAUCUGGUGUUUGUGGGCGGGCUUUAUGUGGUACUCAAACACCCCAAACAGCUCAUCACAGCAGUCAUCUCAGUUGUUACCACCAUCCUAAUCGUCGGCUAUGAACUCCAAGACAAGAAAGUCGGCACGAAAAUCCUCAGCAGUAAUGGACAGGCGUUCUACCACAUUUACCUUCUCGGCCCAUAUCGCCUGGUGAGCGUUGUGGCAGGCUUGGGCGUCGCAUUUUUCUGGACUUAUUUCCCUUAUCCCAUCACCACGCACGCCACCCUCCGCAAAGACCUUGGCUCAACCCUCUACCUGAUGGCAAACUACUACUCCUGCAUGCACUCGACCGUCGAAACGCGCCUUCGCGCCAGACCCGACCUCUCGACUGACAAGAAAAAGGACCCCCUGCGCAGGCUCGACAAAGCUCGCCAUAAGGUGUUUGACAAGCUCAUGGUCAUGCUAAAUCGACUACGCGAACACAGCCAGUUCCUCAAGUACGAGCCGACGUUCGGUGGGAAAUUCCCCAAAGAUACAUACGACGAAUUAAUCGUGCACAUGCAGUCCCUGUUCAAUUACAUGGCGCUCACGGCGUACUCGACAAACGCGUUCUCGUGCGAGGGUGAGGAGUCCGAAUGGCUGAGGGAUUUCAAGAGAAUCACGGCCAAGUCGCGGAUCACGUCGCACGCACUGACAUCGACGCUGUGCCUCGUGUCCGCCAGCAUCACAAACUCGCAACCGCUGCCGCCGUACGUGACCGUCCCCCGACCCAUCGACAUCGCCGACCAGCUGGGCGCCAUCGACCCGGGCAUCCUCAGCAUCAAACACAUCAGCGAGCCGUGCUACGCGGCCUUCGCCGUCCUGGAGAUCGCGAGCAUCCUCAUCAUGCAGGAGAUGGUGGCCGUGCUCGCCCGCGUCCGCGACCUGGUCGGCGAGGUCGACUUCUCCGUCCAUUUUGGCGCGCCCGGCUCCUCCUUGACCGAGAGCGACUCCAGCUUGGACGAGAAGAAGGAUCUGGCCGCCAACGGCGACGACGCCGGGAGGAAGGGCAAGGUCGAUUAA